AACAUUGUCCCUUGCUACUUCCUGGUGUUGCAUUCAUUUGUGUCCCCCCGCAAAAUGGCGAAUCUUGCCGCUGCUGCCGCCGCCGCUGCCGCCGCGGCUGCAAAUAGAGACCCGGCCGUCGACCGUUCAUUACGCUCAGUGUUUGUGGGAAAUAUUCCUUAUGAAGCCACCGAAGAACAGUUAAAAGACAUAUUCUCCGAAGUCGGACUUGUCGUUAGCUUCAGGUUAGUGUAUGACAGGGAGACGGGCAAACCAAAGGGUUAUGGCUUCUGUGAGUAUCAAGACCAGGAGACUGCGCUCAGUGCUAUGCGCAACCUCAACGGCAGAGAGUUUAAUGGUCGCGCCCUACGUGUUGACAACGCAGCCAGUGAGAAAAACAAGGAAGAGCUUAAAAGUUUGGGAACGGGAGCCCCCAUCAUAGAGUCUCCAUUUGGGGACAGCGUGUCACCAGAGGAGGCACCUGAGUCCAUCAGCCGGGCUGUGGCCAGUCUGCCACCUGAACAGAUGUUUGAACUCAUGAAACAGAUGAAGCUGUGUGUCCAAAACAGUCCGCAAGAAGCAAGGAACAUGCUGCUGCAGAACCCUCAGUUGGCCUAUGCCUUGCUGCAGGCCCAGGUGGUCAUGCGCAUUGUGGAUCCGGAGAUCGCCCUGAAAAUGCUUCACCGCCAAAACACAACUCAGCCACUCAUCUCAAGCGGACAAGGGGGAGGAGCUCCACCAGUUAAUCCACCACCCGCCUUGGCCAACAUGGCGGCCCCACAGCAACAGCCUGUGGCUGGGAUGCACGUCAAUGGAGCACCUCCCAUGAUGCAGCCUCCCAACAUUGGUGUUGUGCCUGGACCUGGACAAGUGCCGGCCCCAGGACCCACCGGCCCUCCAGGAAACCUCCAGCAUUCCCCCACAGGAUCUGCCCAAGCUGCUCUUGAACGGCCUCAAGGAGGGGGCGGCAUACCCCCCAGAGGCCUGCUUGGCGAUGGGCCCAACGAUCCCCGAGGGGGCAGUCUGUUGUCGGUCACGGGAGACACCAUUGACCCCAACCGUGGCUACAUGGGAGCACCUCCACCCCAUGCCCAGCCGCCGGUGCACAUGGGCCCGAUGGGAGGUGUCCCACCACCGGAUAUGCGAGGCCCCCCCAUGGAUCUGAGAGGGCCGCCAAUGGGCGAACCACGAAACAUGAUGGGUGACCCCAGGGGGCCUCCUAUGCUGGAGCAGCGCGGACCCCCGAUGGAAACCAGAGGCCGUGAUCCCAGAGCAAUGGACGCCCGCGGUCCCGUGGCAGGUCAAAGGGUUCCCAUGGCGGGAGGAAUGCAAGGCCCCAUGCCCCACAACAUGGGCCCCAACGCACCCCUGGUUGCACGGCCAGGUCCCGUUAUUUCAGGAGUUCCUCCUCCAGGAGGAGGAGGUGGCGGCUUCAGUCCGGCUCAGAACCAAGUUUCCACACAAGACCAAGAGAAGGCCGCCCUGAUCAUGCAAGUUCUACAGCUGACCCCGGAACAGAUCGCCAUGCUGCCCCCCGAGCAGAGGCAGAGCAUCCUCAUCCUCAAAGAGCAGAUCCAGAAAACCACCGGUGCACCUUGAUCGACACCCGGAUGCCGUGCAUUGGCAGGAAUGACAGUCUGACCUCAGUCAAGUUUGCCUCGUCAUUAUUUUGGAUGCUUGUAUAGUUUGAUUUUUUUUCCAUGUCUUUUUUUUAUGCAGCCCCACCAAAAAAAAGUGUGAAAACAAACAUCACAACAUCAUCCUUUAUUUUUCCUCACGUUUCAUGAAUAAAACAAAACUACGAAAA